AUGCCAUAUUGUGGUAUAGAAUGUCAAUCAGCUGAUUGGUCCAAACAUAAGAAUAUCUGUGCUCAAGUCAGUAUAAUGCCGAAAGAACUACCAGUAGAAGAUGAUGGAUUUGAAGUUUCACUUGGUGAAGAUAUCUAUGAGUAUUUACCAAAAGAAGAUCGUGAAGCUGUCAAACAAGUAUGUGGUAAGAAGUUAACAUCUUAUAUUCAGAGAACAGAUGAAGGUUAUCGAAAUAUGAUAUCUAAAGUUUCACCAACACAUUCUUCACCUAAACCAGAGAAAAUCUCACCAACUACACAUUCACCAUCACAGAGUAAUCGCAAAUCUAAUCUUACCCCGAAUAAGAAUAAACCAUCACCUAAUAAAUCACCUGGUAAAAGUAGAACUAAAGAAGAAAUAUCCAUACCAAAUUUUAAAGAUUUACCACAUAAAGUAAUAACUAUGAAUACAGACAUAUUGACCAUAGUGACCUAUAUAGAAUCACCAGAUAGUUUCUGGGUCAGUGAGACUAAAGAUAUGGAACAUGCAUUUGUAUACAGUCAAGAAUUAGAAAAGGAUCCAGUGGCGACUAUCAAGAAAGCACCAAUAUCAGGUCAACUGUUUGCUUGUAGAUAUGAAGGAAUGUGGUGCCGUUCUCAAGUUUUAUCUCUAUCAUCAGACAGUCAGAUGGCUAAAAUAUCAUAUAUUGAUUUCGGCAAUGUUGAAAAUGUUCCUCUGAAAAGAUUACAUUAUCUUCCACCAAAUAUGGCUACAAUUUAUCCAUUGGCUAUAGAAUGUAAAAUAAAUGGUAUAUAUCCAACAGAUAUGAAGGGUUGGCCUAAAAACUGCCUGUUAAACUAUAUACAACCUAAUUCACUAUGUACCAUCAAUGUAAAACAGAAAUAUAACACUCAAUAUCUGGUUACAUUGAAAGGAUCAGAAGGGGCAGAUGUAAUUCAAAGUAUGAUAAAAGCUAACAUAGCCCAAAGAGAAAGAAGUAAAGUGUAUAGUAAACAUAUAAAAACAUUAGUACAGGAGUUAAAACCAGGACAAGAGAUAAAGUUAUUGAUAGUUAUAGCCAAAUCACCUCGAGAUUUCAAGGCACAGAUUGAUGAACCUACUUACAGAAAUAUUCUUGAUGCCUUCACUACAGAAUUAGACAGAGUCUGUGAACAGAAUUCUAUCAAUCAAUACAGACCAGAAGUAGAUGAGAUAGUAUCAUGUAAAUAUGUUGAUAGUCAUUGGUAUAGAGCUGUUGUAUUGAAAGUGACCAACGCUGCUGCUAUAGUAUAUUUCUUGGAUUAUGGAGACGAGCAAGAGAUCAUACAGUCUAAUAUCCAACCAUUAUCAGGAGAACAGGUGGAUUACCCUGCUCAAGCUAUUAAAUGUUCACUGAAAGACGUCAAGACUUUUGAUCCAUCUUACAUUGACGUUGUUGACCAGAAAUUUUCAGACCUGAGUUUAAGACUAGAGUGUAAAUAUAAGGCUAAAGUUGUCGAUGUACAAGGAGAUGUGGCCAUUGUGGAUUUGCUGGACAAUAAAGGCAGAUGUGUAUCUGAUAUUUUAAGAGAUUGUAUAGAUCAAGCUAGUUACCAACAGCAACAAUCGUCAGGUCAAGCUGAAGUAACUACCAAACAAUCUGAAAAUCAACAUCGUAAGAGUCCUUCACCACUAUUUGUAGCUCAAUCACCAAAGAAACUAGAAAAAUGUGAAACUGAAUCUUUACCACUGAAUCAAACAGUUUCUUGUGUAUUUGCAAGUUUUCUACCAAAUUCUCAUUUCUGUGUCAGCUUGUUCACUAAUUUUCCAUUUCUGGCUGAAAUCAUGACUAAAAUCAAUGAGGAAUGUUUGAGGACAUCAGAGAGCUAUUUACCAAAGAUUGGAGAAUAUAUCUGUGCCUUGUUUCAAGGAGGAUGGUACCGUGCUAGAACUCUCAUCAAAGAUGGAGACAAAAUUACUGUCUAUUUCCUAGAUUAUGGCAACACAAGCGAAGUUUCUGUGAAAGAAAUCCGAAAACUGAAUCCAGAUCAUUUACAACUACCUGCUCAAGCUAUUCACUGUUGCUUUGUUGGUAUAAAUGUCCCUUUAUCAAGUGAACAAAUAACUCAAUUGGAAACUGUUCUCCAACAUGAUAAAUUCAACGUUAAAGCCUUAACAGUUGUCGACAAAGUCUACAAAGUUGUGGUCAAUUUAGCUGAUUCCACUAAUGUCAAUGAAAUCAUACUCCAAGCUUUAUCAGAGUCGCAAGUCGAGGUCAGUGAUACUCAAUCAACUUCAUCAUUAAAACUGGAAACUCCAGAAGAUUCUCCAUCAACAACUUCAUCUUCACCUACCACCUCUGAAGUGUUAACUGUCCAGUUGCCCCUAAACAAACCAAUAGAAUGUAUAUUUACAUCAUUUCUUCCAGAAGCUAAAUUUUGUGUUGGUUUAUUUGAAAACUUGAGAAACCUAGCUGAGAUUAUAACUGAAAUCAACACACAAUGUGCUGCAUCAGAAGAAAGUUAUCUUCCUAAAAUUGGAGAAUAUGUAGCCGCUUUGUUUGAAGGUAGUUGGUAUCGGGCUGAGGUUUUAAAUAUCCUGGAUGAUAAAAUAACAGUUCUCUUCAUAGAUUAUGGCAAUAACAGUGAUGUUUCUGUGAAAGAAAUACGUAAAUUGAAUCCAAGACAUCUCAAAUUACCAGCUCAAGCCAUCACUUGUUCAUUUGAUGGUAUAGAUGCACCUCUUUCUAAAGAUCAACAGACUCAACUUGAAGGUAUAUUACAUGAGGACAAAUUGAGUGUCCAGGCUUCCAGUGUUACUGAUGGUGUUUACAGAGUGACUGUUAUAAUGUCUGAUUCUAUGAAUAUCAAUGAAGUUCUCCAGCAAGCACUCUCUAUUACAGAAACUCAACCUGCUGAUGCUGAAAAGAUACACGUAUCAGACACUAUAGAAAAUAAACCAAGUGCCCCUCCCAAUGUCUCAGAGUCAAAAAUAGAAGCAGUUUCUGUCCCUGAAGUACCCACAGAAAAGAUACCUUUGAAUAAAUCUACCACAUGUAUAUUUACAAGUUUUCUUCCCAAAUCUCAAUUUUGUGUUGGUUUAUUUGAAAACUUGAGAAACCUAGCUGAGAUUAUAACUGAAAUCAACACACAAUGUUCAGCAUCAGAAGAAAGUUAUCUUCCUAAAAUUGGAGAAUAUGUAGCAGCUUUGUUUGAAGGUAGUUGGUAUCGGGCUGAGGUUUUAAAUAUCCUGGAUGAUAAAAUAACAGUUCUCUUCAUAGAUUAUGGCAAUAACAGUGAUGUUUCUGUGAAAGAAAUACGUAAAUUGAAUCCAAGACAUCUCAAAUUACCAGCUCAAGCCAUCACUUGUUCAUUUGAUGGUAUAGAUGCACCUCUUUCUAAAGAUCAACAGACUCAACUUGAAGGUAUAUUACAUGAGGACAAAUUGAGUGUUCAGGCUUCCAGUGUUACUGAUGGUGUUUACAGAGUGACUGUUAUAAUGUCUGAUUCUAUGAAUAUCAAUGAAGUUCUCCAGCAAGCACUCUCUAUUACAGAAACUCAACAAGCAGAAACAGAAAAGGCGCCUAAAACAGAUGUUAAAGAAACAGAAGAAAAACAAGUUCCUCGUAAACUUGAUACAAACUCGCCCAAAACUCCAAAAGGACCAUCGCCAAUAGUUUCACAAGCCAUUGCACCUUCUGAAGUAGCCACAGAAAAGUUGCCGUUAAAUAAACCAAUUGCAUGUGUUUUUACAAGUUUUCUACCAGAGUCUCAGUUUUGUGUCAGCCUGCAUGAAAAGUUCACAGACUUGGCAGAGGUCAUGAUGAAAAUUAAUAAAGAAUGCAAAGCCACACCCGAGAGUUACCUACCGAAAAUUGGGGAGUUUGUUUGUGCACUGUAUCAGCAAAUGUGGUAUCGUGCUAAUGUAUUAAGCCACACUGAUGAUAAAUUCAUUGUUAUAUUCAUAGACUAUGGAAAUACCAGUGAAGUCACUGUUGCUGAAAUCAGGAAAUUAAACCCAGAACAUUUGGAAUUCCCAGCUCAAGCCAUUCCUUGCUCCUUUGAUGGUGUGAAAACCCCUUUAACAAUUGAACAGCAAACUGAACUGGAAUCCAUCUUGCAAUCUGGCAUUUUUACUGUGCACGCUUCCUCGCUUGUGGAUGAAAUUCACAAAGUUGUAGUUGUUUUACAGAACGGUUCCAAUAUUAACGAAGUGUUGAAGGUCGCUCAAGAGGAGACAAUGCAUGAAGCAGACAUCGGAAAACCUCCCAUUGAUACUCCUGAUCCAGCAAGUCCAACAAAUGAAAUCACAAAAACUUCUCUUGGGCAGAAAGAAAGGAAACUUGCACCAUCCGAACCUGAAUCAAAGUCACUACUGAAAAUGGCUGCCUGUGAUUUUCCUCUUGAUGGAUCUGAAGUAUUGACGAUGUUCGCUACAUUUUUAUCAUCCAGUGAAUUCUGUGUGUUAAAAGCUGAUUCUUAUCCAACGUUCUGUGAACUAAGUGUUGAAGUUAACAACUACAGUACAUCUAACUCGGACAGUUAUAAACCAGUGAUAGAUGAAUCUGUUUGUGCUCUAUACCAAGAUGCUUGGUAUCGCGCUCAAGUUAAAAAUAUCAGUGAUGAUAAAUACACUGUAUUUUUUGCAGACUUCGGAAACACUCAUGACGUUUCUUCCAGCGAAAUAAGAAAAAUUUUGCCUUGUCAUUUAGAAUUUCCGUCUCAGGCUGUGAAGUGUUGUUUUGCAGGAUUGAAGUCAAAGAUUGAUAAAACUAAAAAAGCAGAAGUGGAGUCAUACCUGUCUCAAGCUGCGUUCAAUGUGAGAAUUGUGGGUAUCCAAGAUGGCGUCCAUUUGGCAAUUGUAACUCUAAGUGAUGGAACAAAUUUGAAUGAAGCCUUGAUAGCGUUAUUAGACAAAUCUGAUGGAAAUUCAUCAUCCAAAUCAGAUGUAGAAGAAACUCAAUCUAAAUCCUUUGAAUUGAAAUCUACAGAAUCCAUUGUGACCUUGGAUAAGCCUACUUCUGUUGGAUUUGAAAUUCAGCACAUUAAUGGGAUUUGUGACUUUUAUGUACUAGUAUCAGAUUCAAGUGUAAAGGAUGCAUUAGAAGCGAUUGAUUUGGAAUUGGCCCGUGUGAAACCAGUAGACUAUAAACCCAUGAAAGGCGAAUAUGUGUGCUGUAAAUUUGAAGGUGUAUGGUAUCGUGCAGUAGUUAUUGACAUUACUAGUGAUGCUAACUAUGAGGUUUUAUUCAUUGACUACGGUAACACUUCCCUAGUUACACCUUCUUCAGUGCGUCAAUUUACAUCCAGCUUGGCUUCUAUUCCUCCUCUGGCUCUACAUUGCAGUCUUUAUAACGCUAUUGACAAUGGACAAGAAAGUUUGGUGAAAUUUGCUGAAUUCUUGAAUAGUAAUCACGACUUAAAAAUGAUUUUAAUGGAAAAGAAAGAUGACACUCAUUUUGUGAACGUUAUUUUAUCAAAUGGUCAGUGCUUGAACAAUGAAUUCCGUCCAAAAUCUCCAGUCAUACCAACAUUGGCUCACUCAGAAAUUCGAGAAGAAAAAUUACCCCAAGAUAAACAAGUACCUUGUGUCUUUUCUUGCUUCCUUCAAGACUCUGUUUUUUGUGUCAGUUUAUAUGAACGGCACUCUAAGUUGGCUAGUGUGAUGGAAACACUCAAUGGUGAAUGUACGACCACCCCAGAAAGUUACUUACCCAAAAUAGGAGAACAUGUCAGUGCUCUGUAUGAAAACAUGUGGUAUAGGGCUAAAGUUUUAAAUCAAAAGGACGACAAAUUUACUGUUUUGUUCAUAGACUAUGGUAACACUAGUGAUAUUUUCGUCAAAGACAUUAGAAAAUUAAAUCCAUCACUUUUAGACUUGCCAGCUCAAGCUAUCAAAUGUUCCUUCUAUGGAAUACAUAUACCUCUUAAUAGUGACCAGCAAGCAAAGAUUGAGACUAUGCUCAAUAAAGACAUUAUAAACGUCCAAGCUUCUUCCACAGUGGACGAGAUAUACAAAGUUAUCGUUACUUUAACUGAUGGAAUUAACAUCAAUGAUGUUAUAAUCCAAGCUUUCUCAGGAUCACCAACUUCAGAAACAAAACCAUUGAAGAAAACAGAUUCUCAGAAAGAAGAAGCAGUACCUGAAAUAACACUAGCACCAAAACGUGAAGUUGAGCAUUAUAAAAUGUCAGAUAUAAAGUUUGUAGUACCAUCCGAUGAUGAAUUGACCGUUAUAUUUACUCAUGUAGUAGAUCCUGACAAUAUUUACUGUCAUUCAGCUUCCGAAGGUAGUACAGAAGCUAUGAUGGCUCUAAGUACUCUAUGUCAGUCAAUGGCUGACUAUUGUGAAAAGUCUGUAAUGGAUGUAGAACCUCUAGUUGAUCAUCUCUAUUGUGGGUUGAUGGCAGGUGAAGACUGGUAUAGAUGUGUAGUUAAAGAACUAAGAAAUGAUAAAGUUUUGAUACAAUUUAUUGAUAUUGGUGAAGAGAAAGAAUUAUUGAAAUAUAAUUUACGUCCAUUUUUACCAGAGUUCAUGACUUUACCAGUUUAUAUCUUUAAAUGUGCAGUAAAUGGUAUAAAACCAAUAGGUGAGAAGUGGGGUACUGGAGCAGGUCAUCUCAUUAACUCAUUCACUGGUGAUAAAAAUAGAAUAAAAGUUGUACGUCGAGAAGAGAAACUAUUAUACUGUGAUAUUGUGACAGGGUCAGGACAAACUGAUCUCAAAACAGAAUUAUUACGUCAAUGUCUGGGUGUAGAGAAAUCUACAGAUCAUCAACCUACACCUGAAGAAGAUGAGGAAGAAGCCAUCCGAAGACAAAUAGCAGAAUUACAAGCUAAGUUAGCUCGCAAAGUUAAAAUAUAG